AUGAUGACAUUGGACGACCCGCUGAAAGACUUGAAGAAGGACAACGGCGGAAAGAUGACGGAUUCAAAGAUCGCAACUCUCUUCAAGCCUUGGGUUGAGAAGCACAACAAGAAUCUCAGAGCGACAGAAAUGCCCAACACUAAUACAACAUCUGGGAUCAAACUCGUGUCGGCACAAGUGGACAUAGUGAGAUUGCAUUCCAAGCAGCUGAGUACAAAGGCCGGUAAGUACGACCGCGACGAUGCAUUCUUGGGUACAAUCCAUGCCGAGAAACUGUUGAUCGGGCAUACACCCUUGAAGCGAAAACGCAACACACUGAUUGCGAAGAGUACUUCGGAGAAGCUCGACUAUCUAAAGCUACCUGGCAAAGCAAUUCCUGACAGACUGGAAGCGACUAUGAAGCAUAUGCCAGUAAGCGAAAAGUGCUGUCCAGCCUGCUGGGUACUGGUGCGAUUUCUGCAGGAUGAGCAAGAGCACAAGAUCAUGUUCCCAGGCCACCAUACAAAGUGGUCCGCGACUACGCUUCUCCCAACCCUUCCGCGGGAUGCUGGCUGGAAGGCAAUGGACUAUGCUGAGAUGGUACUUCCGAACAGACUGACGUGA